GUCAGGACACGCGGAGAGCCCGGAGCCGUCCUCCUCCCACGCUCCUGCGGCGCGCUCCCCUCCUUAUUUGAGGCUCCGCUCCUCCGCUCAGAGCAGCAGGCGCCCCGAGAGCGCAGCGCAGCGCAACGACCGGAGCUGGACCUCAGCACUCACAGCCCGUCCCGGAUGCGUCUCCACUCCUCCGUCAGGAUGAAAGCCGUCUUCGUCGUGGUGGCGGCGGCUCUGAUCGCGGCAGAAAGUCUGUCGCUUCCUUUGGCCAAAGAGGGGCAGGUGGAAGACAUGGUCAAACGGUGUUUGGUUAAAGUUUUUUCCAAAGCUCUGUCCAAGGCGGAUUCCCAGCUGGAUCCAGACUGCAGAGAUCUUCUCCUAGCAGGGGUCAAACAUGCACCACCGGACAAAAACAGUGAUGGGGGGACCGUUACCAUGGAGAUAGCAUCGCCUGGUCUCCCGCCUGUGUCAAAGCCAGCAGAUGUGAAGGACGUUGAGGCGCUUCUGAAAUCUGUGGGAGGCAUAACAGGAAACCCUGAAGAUGAAGAUGGUCUGGAUGGAGACCUGGACCAGAGAACUAAAGAGCCGGAAAAUCGGGAGAAGAGGAGCCGCUGGAAACCUGGAAGAUACCAUGCGAAGAGACCUAAGCGGGCAGAGGAAGAGGAGGAUUAUGAUCGCAGUCAGGAGAGCUGGGGUGUGAUGGGAAAAAGAUUAGAGAAUGUUGAGGAAGAUGAAGACAGAUACCAUCAAGGAGGAACUAAACACAAUGAAGAAAUGCAGGAAGAACCAGUGGAAGAACGUAGCGAAGAGUACUGGGAUAUCGGCGGGAGGCACGAGGAUGAUGAAGAGAGAGACAAGCGAAUGUGGAAGCCCACACAUCGUUAUCAUCACAAGAAAAAGUUCCACAAACGCAGUGAUGAACCACAAGAACCCGGUGAAGAAGACAACCGGGACUACUGGGACGUAGACGCUGAACCGGAGAAGAGGAACUGGAGACCGGGCAGGUACCAUCAGAGGAGACACAAGCGUGAUGAAGAGCUGUUAGAAGAUGGGGAAGAACCAGAUGAGGAACGUAGUCAGGAAUCCUGGGAUGUGGACAAGAGGAAGUGGAGACCUGGAAGGUAUCAUCAGAUAAGACACAGACGUGAUGAAGAGGGAGUUGAGGAACUACCAGAUGAAGAUCGCAGCCAAGAAUCCUGGGAUGUGGACAAGAGGAAGUGGAGACCUGGAAGGUAUCACCAAAUAAGACACAAACGCGAUGAAGAGCCUGAAGAAGAACGCAGUCAGGAAUACUGGGAUUUUGACACUGGAUAUGACAAGAGGGGGUGGAGACCUGGAAGAUACCACCAAAUAAGACACAGACGUGAUGAAGAGGGGGUUGAGGAAGAACCGGAUGAAGAUCGCAGCCAAGAAUCCUGGGAUGUGGAAAAGAGGAAGUGGAGACCUGGAAGGUAUCAUCAGAUAAGACACAGAGGUGAUGAAGAGGGAGUUGAGGAACUACCAGAUGAAGAUCGGAGCCAAGAAUCCUGGGAUGUGGACAAGAGGAAGUGGAGACCUGGAAGAUACCACCAAAUAAGACACAGACGUGAUGAAGAGGGGGUUGAAGAGGAACCGGAUGAAGAUCGCAGCCAAGAAUCCUGGGAUGUGGACAAGAGGAAGUGGAGACCUGGAAGGUAUCACCAAAUAAGACACAAACGCGAUGAAGAGCCUGAAGAAGAACGCAGUCAGGAAUACUGGGAUUUUGACACUGGAUAUGACAAGAGGGGAUGGAGACCUGGAAGAUACCACCAAAGAAGACACAGACGUGAUGAAGAGGGGGUUGAGGAAGAACCAGAAGGAGAACGCAGUCAGGAGUCCUGGGAUUUGGAGAAAAGGCCAUCAAACGACGUUGGAGAAAUAGAAAAGCGGAUUUGGAAACCAACGCAUCGAUACCACCACAAAACGAAGUUUCAUAAGCGCGGAGGUGCAUCAAAAGAUGAGGACCAGGAGGACUCCAAAUAUGAAGAGGAAGCAAAGGAUGAAGAUGAAGCCCAGAGGUCCGACUACCCGCCUGCUUGGUAUAGGAGAGCUUCAGAUGAACCGAUUGCUGCAUCCAACAAGAUGAGUGAGCUGGCCCAGUUGCUGAGCUACAAGGGGAACCCAGCGUACGAGGAGGCUAGGAGGGGCUCACAGCAGAGGGUGCUUACGCCCCAGGAGGAGAAAGAGCUGGAAAACCUGGCAGUGAUGGACAUGGAGCUGCAGAAAAUGGCUGCAAAGCUGCAUGAGAACGCGUAACCCUGACGAUCAACAAUCCCGAGUGUUUUAUAGUUUGUCCUUCGUUUUAAAAUGACUAAAAAAAAAGAAGAAAGUACAAAAGUGGUUAAAUUUGAGCAUAAAGUUCUCAUUUUAGCGACAUGUUGAUGUUCUUUGAAAUGCAUGGCAUGGAUUUUUGUGUGCAACAUGAAACGUGACUAAUUAUAAAAAACAAUAAAAUAAAAAUCCUAUUCUAAA